CACCAGUGGAGAGCGGAAGUGACGAUGUUGUUGGGGCUCUAGUGUAUGCGGAUUGCAUGUUUCAAUGACUCAGCCGUACACAUGGUAAUUCCGUUGUGCAUGCGGUGAAGCAGGCAGGGUUGUCAUGGCGGGCAGUGCUGGAGAAUGGUGUCUGAUGGAGAGUGACCCCGGUGUGUUCACCGAGCUUAUUAAAGGCUUUGGUUGUCAAGGAGUUCAAGUGGAAGAAAUUUGGAGUUUAGAAGAAGAACACUUUGAAGAUUUGCAACCAGUGCAAGGUUUGAUCUUCCUUUUUAAGUGGCAGCCUGGAGAAGAGCCACCUGGAUCUUUAGUACAAGAUUCCCGUUUGGAUACAAUAUUUUUUGCAAAACAGGUAAUAAACAAUGCAUGUGCUACUCAAGCAAUUGUCAGCAUUUUGUUGAAUACAAACCAUCUUGAUGUACACUUGGGAGAAACACUCACAGAAUUUAAAGAGUUUACCCAAAGUUUUGAUGCUGCAAUGAAAGGAUUGGCAUUGAGCAACUCAGAAGUGAUCCGACAAGUGCAUAAUAGUUUUGCAAGGCAGCAGAUGUUUGAGUUUGAUGCAAAGUCUACGGCAAAAGACGACGAUGCUUUUCAUUUCGUAAGUUAUGUUCCAGUCAAUGGGAGACUUUAUGAGCUAGAUGGCUUGAGAGAUGGACCUAUUGACCUAGGGACAUGCAACCAAGAUGACUGGAUAAGUGUUGUGCGGCCGGUUAUUGAAAAGCGAAUGCAAAAAUACUCUGAAGGUGAGAUACGUUUCAAUCUGAUGGCAAUUGUUUCAGACAGAAAGAAGAUAUAUGAAAAGAAAAUCUGUGAUUUACAAAAACAGCUUACAGAGGUGCAGCCAAUGGAAAUGGAUCAUUGUAGUUUUGUAAGCUCGAAUAAAUCUGAAAUUGCUAAAUAUGAACUCCUUCUUGAAGAAGAAAACCAAAAGACUAAGCGAUAUAAGAUUGAAAAUAUCAGACGAAAACACAACUAUCUACCAUUCAUUAUGGAGUUAUUAAAAACUUUGGCAGAACACCAACAAUUAAUACCGCUAGUAGAAAAGAACAGGAUGCCCUCUUUCAAGAGAAAGACAUGAAGGCUGUCCUUACUACUUGUCAUUUCGCAAAUGGCUAAAGAAAAGCAGACAAGAAGAGCGCAGGAAGCAAAAUAAAAAAUAAAAAACCUUGCUGAAGGCAAAAAAGAAACAAGUCUUGCUUAUUUUGCAUAGUUCUGGAGGAAAUCAGCACUCAGACUUUUUAUGUCAUUCACAUGUAUUGCAAAUAUUCCAGUUCUUUUAUACAUAUAUUUAUCACUAUUUGAAUUCCUACCGAUGGCACACAUUUACAGUUAUUACAGAAAGCCCUGUACAGAUUGUGUUACUAUUAAAAUGUGUUUACAAAUAUAGUGGAAGAUGAAGUAUGGACUUGUCCAUUAUUAACAUAAAUGCCUAAAACUUAUGAGGCUCCAUUCACACCUGAGCGCGGGUGGAAUCACUGCGAUUUCCCCCCGGGAUUUCAAAUUGCUGUAAAACGUGGGAUGCGUCUGCGCUGUCAUUACUUCGAAUGGCAAAAAGGAACACAAGCUUAUUUUGGGCGACAGCGUUGCAAUUUGCCACAUGGCAAAAUCGGGUUGUUAUUAGAAGUAAUGGCAUUGGAAACAAACCCCAUGUUUUCCAGCAGUUUAAAAACGCGGGCAGAAUUGCGGAGUUUCCACCCACGAUCAGCUCUGAAUGGAGCCUUUGUUUCAGGAAUAUAAAAAGUAAGCAAAACAGACUUUUUUUUCAUCCUUUUUGUAGGGUUUUUUUUAAUGAUUAUUUUGUACUUUUACCCUUAUUGACAUUCCUUUAAAUUUGGAUAACCAUGACAAUUAUACACUCUCUUAAACUCCUUCCUAUGUAGCAUUGUUCUGUUUAAAAAAAAUAUCUUUUUGUGUGCCUAGUUGUUUAGGUCCCUCCUUUUUACCAUUACUUUUUUUUUUUGUAUGGUGUAAUUGACAACUUGCUUACAAGUGUGCUUUCCUAUUACAAUUAUACUGGGGAUUUUUCUCCAACAUUUUCAUUUUCUUACAAAAUAAAAGUUUAAUUUUUAUUUAA